AGCUUGAAUUCAUGUAAAAAUUGGAAAGUCUUGGGAAAGCUAUGAAAAUGAGGCACUUAAUGGCGCUGGCUGCUGCUGUCUUAGCCACAGUGAGCUUUUUAUUGUCAGGUGUGUCUGGCUUUGAUUUCUAUAAGCUCAGUCUCACCUGGCCACCUUCAGCUUGUAACAUUGGAAGGGAGUGUAUUCCAUACAUCCCCGGCAUGUUUACCGUUCAUGGUUUAUGGCCACAAUAUGCCAAUGACACUCCAGUGCCUCCGUACGCGCAAGAUCCUACAUGCACCACUAUCACUCCGACCGAUCCAAGUCAAAUUCCUGCUCAAUUGCAACCCAUCGAAGAUAGAUUGCAUGAAAAUUGGCCGAGUUUUUAUCCAGACAGAACAGGUACACGUGACGAUCCGACUUUUUGGAGACAUGAAUGGGAGUAUCAUGGAAUGUGUUCAGAUUAUCCUAACGAUACUCUUGGUUAUUUCACGGAGACUUUAAAUUUGGCCCAAAACAACAAUCCGCUUACAGUAAUGGGAAUUCAACCUAGUGAUACAACUCUUCAUGAAGUGAAAACCAUAUUAGAUGCUGUCAAGAACAAAUCGAAAGUAUAUCCUCAAAUUGUAUGUAACACUCUGCCUAGGGUUACCACGCUUCAGCUUGUGGAGUUCCGUUUCUGUUUUAAAAGGGCAAAGCCGCCGUCUGUCCUUCAAGACUGCCCCAAAAAAUUGGCCGGUGAUUGUAAAAACGAGACCGACGAAAUACGGUUCCCACCCGCUCCUCCUAUUUCUUCUAUUAAAGACGAAUUAUAAGACUUCCAAACAUAAAAUAAAGUUCGCCCUUUCCUUAUGAAAUAAUAAUUUCGUAAAUUUCACCAUGUUUGAAAGCAUAUGGCUUUUCUAUUUGGCAUUGUGAAUCAUUCGAAUUUUAUUAAUUUUGAGUGCAUUACUAUAAUAAAAGCUGGUUUGGAUAAUAUAUAUUUGAAGUUU